CACUUGAUUUUUUUUUUCAAAAACAUUUUUUAAGUUAAAAAUACUUUUUAAAAUUACUGUAAAAUGGACUCUUAUUGUGAGAAGAAAUGUUUUGACAUUGAAAAAUUGGAGUAGCAUAUUUAAUUUGGCAUGUAAUUGUAUUUAGAACCAUGGUUUUAUUUUGUACAAAAAAUUAUAAUUUGGGAAUUGAAUUUAAUUUGUGUGUAUUUUUCUUGGGGAAAGGGCAUGACCAUGGAAACCCUAGAUAAUCAAGUCCAAAAUGAUGAAUUUACCAUCCACAGUAGUGGUUUUGGGUUUUCUUCCAUGAGUCUUUGUUUAACUUUUUAUUAGCCUUAGUAUUUGACCUGGCCAGAGUACCUUGAAGGUGAAGGCCCAUAGUAGGUGAGAGCUUCAGAAGCACACCCUUCCUUCUCAAACCCCAGAAGCUUAAAUUUCAAACGUCUGGUGCAUGCUAAGCAAGAAAAGCUAGUUUCAUAAACUCUCACACCAACCUUAUCCCAUAUUGAUCACCCCUGCAAUCCAUUGAAAUUUAUGUUAGAAAAGAUACCCAAAAACAUUGUUUUUCUAAUGGAGGAAUUCUUCUUCUAGCUCGCCAUGCAAGAGAUGAAAUUUUGAAGACUCCAUCAGAUCAGAUUCUGUGUGGUUUUUAGGCUUUUGGUUUCUUCAGUAUAUGUAUGUGGUCUUCUUGUAGUAUAGAAGAUUAUUAGCUAGUUGGAGAAGACAAGGAUAAGAGAAGAUGGAGGAAGAGAGGAAGGAGGAAACCUUGCCUCCAGGGUUUCGGUUUCACCCCACCGACGAAGAGCUUAUUACUUGUUACCUCAUAAACAAGAUAUCAGAUGCUACUUUUACAGGCCGGGCAAUUGCAGAUGUUGAUCUCAACAAAUGUGAGCCAUGGGAGCUUCCAGGGAAGGCGAAAAUGGGAGAAAAGGAGUGGUAUUUCUUCAGCCUCAGGGACCGGAAAUACCCAACUGGAGUAAGAACAAACCGAGCCACAAACACUGGUUAUUGGAAGACCACAGGGAAAGAUAAGGAGAUUUUCAACAGCGUGACCUCUGAGCUAGUUGGGAUGAAGAAGACCUUGGUGUUCUACAGAGGAAGAGCUCCUAGAGGCGAAAAAACCAAUUGGGUCAUGCACGAAUAUCGCAUCCAUUCAAAAUCCGCCUUCAGAACUAGCAAGGAUGAAUGGGUGGUUUGCCGUGUGUUUCAGAAGAGUGCAGCUGGAAAGAAGUACCCAUCAAACCAAUCAAGGGGGAUGAAUCCCUACAGCCUUGAUAUAGGUCCAAGCGUCAUGCCCCCACCAAUGCUGCAGGCAGAUUCUUCCCAGUUCCCCAUGGGAAGAAACUACGUAAGUAAUGCAGAACUGGCUGAGCUUACAAGGGUCUUAAGAGGAGGAUCAACUGGGGGUCUCAACCUACCAAUCCAGUCACAAUUGAACUACCCAUUAGGAGGAGGAUGCUUCACGAUAUCCGGGUUGAAUUUAAACCUUGGAGGGACAUCCACACAGCCAGUUCUGCGGCCAAAUUCUUUGCCUCAGCCCAUGCAGAUGAAUCAACAGGAUCAUAUGAUGACUUCCCCCAUGCUGACUAGUGGGUCUAUCCCUACUGAUCAGACUGGGUAUGGUGCAGAGGUUAACAAUGGAAAUGGACACAACAGUAGGUUUAUGAAUAUGGUCGACCAUUGUGUGGAUCUAGAUAACUACUGGCCUCCCUAUUAAGAGAGGAUUUGAUAAGAAAAUUUGGUGGACGCCUGUUUCGUCUUUUUGAAUAAUUGGUUAAGACGUUCAAGCUUAGAAAUUGAUGUUAUGACUUCUCAUAAAAUAUAGGUAAGUUUGUUAGCUAUUUUCAUCCU